UUGAGGAGGGAGCCAGAUUAGAUUCGAUUCUGCGAGAAGACGCUCGCUCGCUCGCUCACUAGCACGAAGUCGAGAGAGAGAAAGCUUCGAGCUUCGAGCUUCAAUGGCCGCCAAGGGUGCUUUGCAGCCUCUAUUGAAAUAUUUGAGGGUGCCGGUUCAGCCUCUGCGUCAAAAUAUCUUCUCGCUUUCGCCUCACGUGUUUCGACGCUUUUCCUCGGAGGACGUUAUAGGUUCCUUUCUCGAUAAGUCGGAGGUCGCCGAUCGCGUCAUCUCCGUCGUCAAAAACUUCCAUAAAGUUGAUCCUUCCAAGGUUAAUCCAAAUGCUCAUUUCCAAAACGAUCUUGGAUUGGAUAGUUUAGAUGCUGUAGAGAUUGUGAUGGCUCUUGAAGAAGAGUUUGGUUUUGAGAUUCCUGAUAACGAAGCAGACAAGAUCAACUCCAUUAAUCUUGCGGUGGACUUUAUUGCGUCCCAUCCUCAGGCAAAGUAAGGAAAAAUCUAUCAAGAUUGGUAUCUUAAUUUUCGCUGUAGUCUCAUGAGGAACUAUCUAAGAACAAUCAAACUUCAGGUCUUCACUUUCUUCCUUCCUCUGUUUCUAACGUGUAUCUUGAUUUUCAUUUCGAUUCCGUAUAGAAAUGUUAUAUGGGGACAUGCCAAUGUUAACGCUACUAUAUUUCUCAAACGGGGCUUCGUUUGAGAAAUAAUAAGGGCUCAUUGGACUAGAAAUGAUUUGAAAAUAAAUUUUUUGGUUCUUAA